CAGCUUCUUUCUUCCCACAUGAGUCUGAAAGGACGCACAGACCUGCUCUAACUAAGUAUGACCCUGUGCACAGUGUCCCAUGUGAUGUUGCUGCCACCCUGUCCCACACAUGCUCACAGGUGGCUGCACGGUGUCUGUGUGUCUGUGUGUCGGUGAGUAGCAGCAGUGGUGCCCACGCCUGCGCACUGGUAGAGAAAGUCCUCCUUUGCUAUCCAUGGUGUGGUGAGUAAUUCAGCCAUAAUCCGCCUUUCUCCUCUCCCCUCUUCUUUCCCCUCUCCUCUCCCCCUCUCCUGUGGUUCCAUUCAUAUUCUAAUCACAGCUUUCGCUUCUCCAGCUCUCAGGCACUCCAUCAGAGCCCUCCCAGCCUCGGGCUUUGCACUUUUACUUCCCCCCCUUUGUGACCGUUCCCUCUUCUGAGAGGCACACCAAAAAUAAGGUUGCCACAGCGAAAGAGUGAGUGAAAAACAGGUGAAAAUCCACCAACAAUAAUCCACAUUGGUGAAGUUUUUCCAAUGUUUGAUUGUAUGCCUGAGAACACGAUGGCUCGAAUCAAAAAAGUUAUCCUAAAGAUUGUUAAUGGUUGAAGGAGGUGAUAAACUCACCAAAUGCAACAAGUGUCCAUGGGAUGUGAAAUUUAAAAUGAGAAGGAAAAGCAGGAGCGGCAGUUGUGUAGGCAUGUAUGUUUAUAUGGAGCUCUGGGGUGUAUAAAAACGUAUUAAAUGCCAUAAUGGAAGACGGGGAGGCCACAGUGUUAGGACUGCGUAGAUCUAAGCCUCUUUUUUUUUCGUUGGGAGGGAGCUUUUCUUAUUCAAAACAGCUCCACAAAAGACUUCCAGUGAGCCUUGCCACAUCCCCAUCUGACUUGGGGCCAUUCAUCAGCCUUCCAAGCCUAUCAAUGACAUGUCCCCAUCAGGGCUCCUAUAAAAUCAGCCCCUUUCCCAUGAAACAUCAGCAAACAUUUUGACGGGUCUGGCUUUCCCCCCGCUGGAUUUCUGGAGUCUCUACCCCCCCCCUUUCCUCCCUUAUUCCCACCUCCCCCCUUCUUCUCCGCCAACACCACCCCUCUCUGGGCGAACCUCAGAUCCUCAACAUCUCCUGUGACGGGCAGUGGUCACGGAAACACACAGCGAGACAAGGGGAGAGCCGCUGAGGAGGGGGAAACGUGCACUAAGCCAUUUUCUUGGAGGAGCCAGUGUCGUUGAUGGGAAGAGGAUGCAUUGCGGGCUGCUGGAGGAGCCUGAUAUGGAUUCCACAGAGAGUUGGAUUGAACGAUGCCUCAACGAGAGUGAGAGCAAGCGAUACUCCAGUCACACGUCUCUGGGGAACAUGUCCAAUGAUGAACAUGAAGAAAAAGAAAACAACAGAGCCUCUAAACCACAUUCGACACCGGCUACUCUUGAAUGGCUAGAGGAGAACUAUGAGAUAGCUGAAGGUGUGUGUAUCCCCAGAAGUGCCCUCUACAUGCACUACCUAGACUUCAGUGAGAAGCAAGACACGCAGCCUGUGAACGCAGCCAGCUUCGGAAAGAUCAUAAGGCAACAGUUUCCAGCAUUAACUACCCGAAGACUGGGGACAAGAGGGCAGUCGAAGUACCACUACUACGGCAUAGCGGUGAAGGAGUCCUCUCAGUAUUACGAUGUGAUGUACUCCAAAAAGGGAGCUGCGUGGGUGAACGAGACGGGGAAGAAAGAGGUCACAAAGCAGACAGUGGCGUAUUCACCGCGCUCCAAACUGGGGACACUCCUGCCAGAGUUUCCAAAUGUCAAAGACCUAAAUUUGCCCGCCAACCUGUCAGAAGAGAGGGUGUCAACCUUCAUCAUGAUGUACAGAACGCACUGUCAGAGAAUACUGGACACUGUUAUUAGAGCCAACUUCGAUGAGGUCCAAAGCUUCUUGCUGCACUUCUGGCAGGGCAUGCCCCCCCACAUGCUCCCUGUCCUCGGCUCCAACACUGUGGUGAACAUAGUCGGUGUUUGUGACUCCAUCCUCUACAAGGCCAUCUCUGGGGUGCUGAUGCCCACCGUCCUGCAAGCACUGCCUGAUAGUUUGACUCAGGUUAUUCGAAAAUUUGCCAAACAACUUGAUGAGUGGCUCAAGAUAGCACUUCACGAACUUCCUGAAAACCUGAGGAAUAUCAAAUUUGAAUUAUCAAGGAGAUUUUCCCAGAUUCUAAAGCGGCAAACAUCAUUAAACCAUCUCUGUCAGGCGUCUCGGACUGUGAUAAACAGUGCCGACAUUACCUUUCAAAUGCUGGAGGACUGGAGGAAUGUGGACUUGAACAGCAUCACUAAGCAGACACUUUACACCAUGGAGGACUCACAAGAUGAUCACAGGCAGCUUAUUAUCCACUUGUAUCAGGAGUUUGACCGUCUGUUGGAGGAGCAGUCUCCCAUCGAGGCGUACAUCGAGUGGCUGGACUCCAUGGUGGACCGCUGUGUCGUCAAGGUGGCAGCGAAGAGGCCCGGGUGCCUGAAGAAGGUGGCCCAACAGUUCCUGCUCAUGUGGUCGUGCUUUGGUACCAGAGUCAUCCGGGAUAUGACCCUCCACAGCGCGCCCAGCUUUGGGUCCUUCCACCUGAUCCAUCUCAUGUUUGAUGAUUAUGUGCUCUACCUGCUGGAGUCCCUGCACUGCCAGGAGAGAGCCAUCGAGCUCAUGAGGGCCAUGAAGGCAGAGGGCAGCACAGCAGAGAGAGAGGAGGAAUUCCCGGUGAAAGAACCCACCCCCACCUCCCCCUCUCCAGGAUCCUUCUCUCCCGCUCGCUCGGUGCACUCAGUGGGCGUUUCCUCGGCCAGCUCCCCCACUGCAGCCGUGUCCCCGGAGUACAGCGGGGUCCCCACCACCACAGGCGCUGUUCAGUCAUAUACCUGGUCCCUUACAUACACAGUGACAACAGCCGGCGGCUCCACUCCUGAGGCCGGACAGCAGCUGUCCUGCAUGAGGAACAGCGCUCCAGUCCCCCCCCCAUCCUCCACCCACCGCCUGCCUGUGUACAGAGAGGAGCAUGGGUAUACUGGUAGCUACAACUAUGGAAGCUACGCCAACCAGCACCCUCACUCCAUCCAGAGCCAGUAUCCCAGUCUGGCCCAUGAUCCGGCGAUCCCACCCCCCCUCCACUACUCCGCCUACCACCGCUCUUCUGCACAGUACCAGCUCAACGGCCAGAUGGCUCGGAUGGAGCCUUGCUUGAUGGGCAGCACUCCUCGGUUGCACCCGGCACCUGUCGCCCCCCGGUGGCCAGAUGUGUCGCCAGCUAACAGCUGUUACACCAGCCCACCUAUGCAUUCAUCGCGCUAUGCUGCCUCUGGUGACAUGUACUCUCCCCUGGGCCCACGCAGGAACUCAGAGUACGAACACUCGCAGCAUUUCCCCGGCUUUGCCUACAUAAACGGGGAGGCCACCACAGGCUGGGCGAAAUAAACUCAAUCACUGCUGUGGACAGCCGUGAGCAACUCCAGGCCUUCCAAACUGGUGGAUGCAAAGACUCUGAACACUUCCGAUCAAGUACAUCACAAUAGGAGGACUAGAGAAUGGAAAGUACCGAUGCAAGGUAUAAGGAAUCGUAUGGACGAACUGACAAUUUGAAAUUACUGAUGAUUGUGGUGUAACUUGUGCCGAGGUUUAAUGACAUUUCUUCAACACUUUUGCUCACUGCUGGAGGAAAAUAAUCAUGUAUGUUGAACCUGCAGCAAAAUCAUUUCACAUGUGCAAUGCUGCUGCCAAGCUGUGCCUUUUGUUUUAAGGAAUGUACACCUCUGUUUCCCUCGUCAUCAACAAAAUUUCCCAUCAACACUCAGUCAGUUUGUCAAUGACUGACGGAUCAGUGUGCCGUAAGCUGUGUAUCCUCAGUAAACCGCUGCCUCCUCCCGUUGCUCAGCUAUGUGCAGCAUCCUGUCGUGGGCUCGCUGCAGCAAGUUGGUUUGCUGCAGGAUGGAUGAUCUGCACUGCCUUAACGUUACCAGUUUAUACAGCGGCACAAAUCCAAGCAUAACAAAUCAUAGGACGGUUAUAAACUCCUUGAUCAGUGUGUUAAGGUGUGUCCAUCUUGGAUAGUUUUUUUUAAUGAUUGAAUGCUGUGACUCAAAAACAACUGUGUGAGUGUAUUCUGUCACGAUCUUUUUUGCUGUUUUCCCGUGACAAUAUAAAUAUAUAUAUAUAUAUAGUAUGUAUUUUCUGUAACUUUGUAACAUGGUGUAUCCUUUAUUUUCUAUGUUACAAUUGGUACUUUGUUCUCUGUUUUGUAUGGUUAGUGAAAGAUGCACUAACCUAGGUUUGUGUGUUUUAUGAUGCACUCAAAGCUACUGAGGACCUAUUACCCUAUGGGUAUUUAUAAAAAGGG